AUGCAUGCUCAGAAGGUUUUUGGAGGCAGGGCCCGCCAGGACACAUUCUUUGGGCACAAGGGAGGAGUCCGGUGCCUGGCCCUGCUUCCCACCUGCAAUCUCAUGGCAACAGGGUCCUUGGAUAGGACAGUGAAGUUGUGGGAUCUCAGCGCGGGCAUGCAGAUUGCCACAAGCCGGUAUCAGCCCUCGGCAGUGCGCGCCCUCGCGCUGGAUGCUCGCAUGCUCGUUUGCAGCGCUUCCAAGGCUGGCAGCCUGAGAGUGUGGAGGGCGGCGGGGGCUGACAGCAAGGCGCAUUUUGACAUGAGCACCUCCAAAGAGCUUUCAGGACACACAGGACCCGUCACAUCAGUGGCCCUCAGCGAAGAGUGCAUUUACAGCGGGUCUUGGGAUUACACAGUGCGCAUUUGGGGCCGUAGCCGCCUCAAGCCCAUCGCCGUGCUGUCAUGCAGCGACUGGGUGUGGGGUGUAUGCCCUCGGGGGCCAAAUCUGCUGGUGGCAGCUGGGCAGUCGGCAUGUGUCUUUGACCAGAGCACAUGCCGGCCCUUGAGGCGCUAUGACAGCGGGGCAGUAAGGGAAAUGCUGCACUCUCCCAGAGUGGAGGGAACGCGCGACGGCCGCCUCCUCUUCAUCGGCAAUGCAGACGGCGCUCUGCAGGCCUUUGACCUCAGGCGCGCUUCUGUUCUUAUCCUCGUGUCACGACUAGACACGCAGUCAAGGUCAGAAGCAGUGGCCACUCUGUGGCAGCAAGGAAGCCCUGUGCAGUCCAUAGCCUUCGAUGACCCCUGGCUAGCUGCUGCACUUGAGGACGGCUCUGCACUGCUCCUCAACGUCGAUGCUGCCAUGCGCGGCUGCCGCAGCGGCGCUCGCGCUCGGGAAGCAGUCCGCCCAGGGCCUGCCAAGCGGCAAUUCGUGGGAUCUGGUGCAAGCCCAGCCUACUGUGUGGACAUUACCGAUCAAUGGAUGGCCUGCGGCUCAGAUGCGGCCACGGUGCGAGCCUGGGACUUCAGCCAAGCGGCUGAGGUGCAGGAGCGGCUGGAUGCAUUACGGGCCACGCGCGAAGCGCAGCGCGUGCAGCGCCGGGAGCGCGGCGGCCGGGCCGGCCGGAAGGCGCCCCGAUUCCCCCCGCCCUCCGACUCGGAGGCCGGCUCGGGAGAUGACGAGGAGACCUCUGAGUCAUGCUGCAGCGAGCGGUAUGCUCAUGAGGCAGCUUCCUCUAGCUGCAGCAGCUCUCAGCUGUCGCGGUCGCUGCCGGGAGCGUUCCCUCGCGGGGGUCCCGAGGCUGCCACUUUGGGACGCAGCCCGCCCAUGUGUGCGCAUGUGCCGCCGCCGGUGCUGCGGUCGGCGUCGGUGUCAGCGGAGCGCGGCCGCAGCAGGAUGACUUCCUGGGACAUCCUCCGGCCGCGCACUGUGCUGGACAAGGAGCAGAAGGGCGGCGGGGAUAGCAUAAAAGUGGCAGGAUGA